AUGAGGCUUUUGCACACAAAAGAUUUUGUCUUCAGGGACUUCUUCGACGCCAAAAUACCUCCAUACGCCAUCCUCUCCCACCGAUGGAGCGACGAAGAAGUGAGCUACCGGGACUUUCUCGAACAGAAGGCUCAGGUCCUAAGUGGAGGGUACAAAGGGUACGGAUGGACGAAGAUCCUGAAAGCUUGUGAAAAGGCCUGGAAUGAACGGCUGGACUGGGUCUGGAUUGAUACGUGUUGCAUCGAUAAGUCAAGUAGUGCUGAACUGUCCGAAGCUAUCAACUCGAUGUACAAGUGGUAUCGAGGUUCCUUCACGUGUUUUGUUUUCCUCCCGGAUGUCCACGACCUUGAACGUUGCACGUGCAAACUGAAAUCUCGAAAGACCCACGGGGAAACUACCUUUAAAACAUUCUACGUCGAAGAACUCAAGCGGAGCACGUGGUUCACCCGAGCGUGGACUCUCCAAGAGCUACUCGCCCCAUGGAACGUUCUCUUCUACAAUGCCGACUUCCGGUGUGUUGGGACACUGGAGAACCUGGCAGAACAUGUUUCAGAAGCCUCCCACAUCCCAAUGGAGUUCCUGAGCGCUGGGGAAGUGGCUCCCAUGUCUCAGAGAAGAUUUUGUCCAACACCAGUGCAUUUGGCAAGCGUCGCUCAGCGUAUGGGGUGGGCCGCGCGACGGCAAGCUAGUCGAUCGGAAGAUAUAGCCUACAGCCUCCUCGGAAUUUUCGACGUCAACAUGCCGCUGCUGUAUGGCGAAGGAGAGCGCAAAGCUUUCCGGCGAUUGCAGAAGGAAAUCAUUGCAUCCUCGCCAGAUGAGUCUAUCUUCUGCUGGUCGGACGAGGGGAAAAAGUAUUUCGAGAAGGAGAGCAUUUUGGCGGCUACCCCGGGCUGUUUCGCCAGCUCUACGGGAGUCAAGUUCAAUGCUGCAUGUUGGUCGGGUGUCGAAAUGCGCCCUCGCUGCGAAAUCUUCAAUCGCGGAAUACGCUUCGACGUCAUCAUGAGGACUGAAAGCCCCGGGCGCAAGGGUGACAAUGCAGCAUCCACGCGCAGCGACAACAAGACAUCGCCGCGGCAGCUGGUUGACCGUUUUAUCCUGCCUUUGAAUUGCUCCCACGUUCAGUCACGAGGCUGCUUCGCGUUGCUUGUGUUCACAAAGCACAGUCGCAAGAGCUCCCGAGACGGGCACGAGUGGGUAUUGGAGAGCUGUAGGACAGCGGACUUGCUUUACGGUCCCCCCCUGGUCCACACCGCCCGCGAAAGCUGGUCACAUUACCACGACUAUUGCUGGCGGUCAAUGAAGCAGAAUGGGUUGGAGGUAGAGGGAGUGCCACUUGCAGAACAGCUGCUCGACGCGGCGCCUGAUACUGUUAGUUGUCAGUUGUAUCUUGAAAUAUGA